AUACGUGCCAUUGUGCACCAUUGCGACGCAAACCCUAAUGGCCUCGUAGCAAAACAAAAAAAAACAACCCUACCAUAUUGUGCUAGUACGGGAACAGGGCAGCCCCGUUCACUCACACAGCUCCCUCUCCAAAUGCAUCCGGGCCUGACGGGUAUAGCGGUGGAGAUGCUGAGCGGUGCAAGCAGAAGGGCCAGGCCGGGGCUCGGCAGCCUCCUGCUGGCCACCCGCACCAAAACAGUGGCGAUGGGGAUGAUGGGGAGCCGCAGAUUGAGGUCCACGUCCUCCAUGCAGGGGUUCUCAGAGAUGGCCAGGGAGAGGUCGAAGACUGUCACGUCGUUUUACAACCAGUCUGCAAUCGACGUUUCUGCAGAAAAGGCAUCAGUGCGACUGACCUUAGCCACCCUGCUGUAUUCUGGGAAGUCUCCUGAUGGGCACCACGUCUUGAGCAGUGCCAAGUACCUGCACAAGGAGCUGCCUGUCCGAAUCGCCCAUCGCAUCAAAGGCUUCCGCAGUUUGCCCUUCAUCAUUGGCUGCAACCCCACCAUUCUGCAAGUGCAUGAACUGUAUAUCAGAGCCUACCACAUGCUCAUUGACUUCCCACAGAUCAAGGAUCAGGAGGUGGAGGCUCGUUUCUGUAAGCUGGUGCAGCAGCUGCUGGACGACCACAAAGACGUGGUCACCAUGAUGGCCCAGGGCUUCAGGGAAUGUCGCAGACACAUCCAGGACGAGGCGAUCAUACGCAGCUUCCUGGAUACAACGCUGUGCUCUCGUCUGGGAAUCCGGAUGUUGGCAACGCAUCAUCUCGCCCUUCACGAAGAAAAUGCUGAUUUUGUUGGGAUGAUAUGCAGACGUCUCUCACCCAAAAAAAUAGUCGAGAAGUGGGUGGACUUUGCCAGGCGUCUGUGUGAGCACCAGUAUGGGAACUCGCCCAGGGUGAGGAUCAACGGACACGUUGCGGCUCGCUUCCCCUUCAUCCCUCUGCCUCUGGAUUACAUCCUGCCUGAGCUCCUUAAGAACGCCAUGAGGGCAACCAUGGAAAGCCAUCUGGAAACCCCAUACAAUGUGCCCGAUGUGGUCGUCACCAUUGCCAAUAACGACAUUGAUUUUGUCAUCAGGAUUUCGGACCGUGGUGGCGGCAUACCUCACAACAUUAUAGACAAGGUGAUGGACUACCACUUCAGCACGGCUGAGGAGAGUGCACAGGACCCCCGCAUGAGCAACUUCUUCAACAACAUUACCAACAGUGGAAACCAGUCCAGCCCCAUGCAUGGGUUUGGUUUCGGCUUGCCCACAUCCAGGGCCUACGCCGAGUACCUGGGCGGCUCUCUGUCUAUACAGUCUAUGCAGGGCAUCGGCACUGACGUCUACCUGCGUCUGCGCCACAUCGACGGCAAAGGAGAGAGCUUCCGAGUGUAAAGCUCCCCGUUGGUCAUCCUUGUAGAUCCCAAACAAGAAAUCAGGCCACGCAGGAGUACAUAGGGUUCCCCACCAGGAAAGCUGGCAUGAACUACAGGACUUUGGUCCACAAAGUGAUAGCCUACACACAGUAUUUUGGCAGAAACCUCCCUAAAUUCACCAACCCACUACAUGUUCAUUUUUUAUUUUUUUUUGCCUUAGACUGAUUAUAAGCUAUGUUAGCUCUCAAGUUGAUAAUAUCAGUUGUUUUUCCCUUGCGUUUUGUACACUGUGGCACGUGAAUGUUAAGGUUAUCGGGACAAACUGUGCAUGGUAGUCGACAUUGAUGUCAAUGUGGAAGGAAGGAAGGAAAGAAAGGAAGGAAGGAAGCAAGCAAGGAAGGAAGGAAGGAAAGGAAAAAGAGUUUCAGUUUUAAAGAAGCUCACAUUGAAGUUACUCGUCGCAUUGCCUCAAAAUAAGUAAAGACGUUUUUGAUAAUGUUUCAAAUGAAACUUCUGAGACACUCCAGCAACCCUGUCAAAAUCUCCUCAAAGUACACAAAGCAGGUUCCGUGAUGAUCAAUAUAGUUUGAAUAAAUGGAUCCUAAGGUCUUUAAGGGAAAGCAGCAGUAAACAAGUACAACCUAAUUGUCCUUAUCCUGGGCUGUAAACCUCAACUCCUGACAAACCAUAAGCGAUAUUCUACAAAACCGUCGUCAAAAACACUACAAGCUCAUUAACAGAUUUUUUUUCUUGCAUGCCGCAGUGAACGUCUUUGUUCAGCAGUCAUUUUGUGGAGCUUUCAGGCAGGGGAGCCAACCGAGGUGUUCAGCAGCCUUACUGUGUGCCGCUAGUCAUUCAUCCGCAUGCCAACUUUUCUUGAUUUCUUUUCGUUGCCUUUAUCGGUUCACACAGAUGCACACUGUCCACUGUUUAGGUUUUCCCGCUCAACAUAUGCGCCUAUCAUCAUAGCAGCUUUUGGAUUUAUUUUAACAAAGUAACAAUAUACCAUAGAAGUAUUGUCUAAUACUGUCCUUUAUUUUCAGUUUUAUCUGACUAUAGAUGUUUUUUUGUUUGUUUUUUUUAGAAAGUGUGUCAGUUGUUUGAGUUUGCUGUCUUUUUGAAAACAUUUUUGUAUCAGUACAUUUCAAGAUGAGUCAAUUUUUUGCACCGUUAAAUAUGUAGGUUCAGAUAAGCUAAGGUUUCUAGUCAUUAUUAAGGUCCAUUUGCUCCAGAUCAGAACUCGCCUAUGACACUAGCUUGAGACACCAAUUAGCGACAUCUUUAUUUUUAUUUUUUUCACACGUUAUGUUACCUGAAACAUCUCAUCAUCUGUCCAAGUAGGUGUCAGUCAUUCCUCUCAACCUGAAGACAUAGAGAUGAGUUCAAAAACCAAUCAUUCAUGAUCACAGAUAAAAAAUUGUUGCUCUCAAAGAAAAUGAGAAAAUAUUUAUAUAAAGUUUUGAUCUCAAAAUAAUUGAUUAGCAAACCCUGGCCUUUUUGAGUUUCCAGUUUGAGUUAAACGAGUCAAACAUUACAGUUCAGAAAAUAACUGAGGCCAAGCCAUGAAAUUUGCAUCAAUAGAUAACCACCUCAAGCACUCCUCUCAUUUUGUUGAACAUUCCCCAUCGGGCAUCAGUUGUUAAGCAACAGAUCAACCAGACUUUUCACCUAAGUUUAUCUGUUUGGAGUAAUUGUUAUAAUAUUAGCUUAUUCCGUAAUUUUUUAUCAGAAAGGACAUUGUGAAUCUUGAUUUGUUGGACAUUUAUGAAAUUUGUUAACAAACAUUUUAUUUUAAAGCUUAAAAAAAUCUUUAGAAUCACAGACAUUGUUUAGUCUACCUGAUGGGAAAAUUGAAGACUUUUUUGCCUUUUGAAAACCUAUAAAUGUUUUAUAUCUUACAAAUUCAUUAACUUGUUCACUUGGAUUUGCUAUAACAAAAUGAGUUUACAUACACAUUUUCCUUGAGUUGAGAUUUUUUUUUAGCUCGUAAGAUAUAUCAAAACAAAAUCAAAUUGAAUUAGUAUAAGGCUGUUAUUUAUUUGGACACGUUAUUAAACUAAAAUAACCCUGUCUAAUUGGCUGUUCCAGAAUGACGUAGAACGGCCUGCAUUAUCUUUACCUGUAUUCUUGCUGAUGCUGUGUAUAUGAAUUUGAGUGUUUCUUGUGGUUUGGAAGGUUUUGAAGAUGUAGUAUAUAUGUAGUUUAUGCAUGUAAAGCAAAGGGGGGAAGUUACUACCACAUGGCUGCCAGACGCAGGUAAACAAUGGUUGAAGGUUUGCGUCCUUUUUCAGACACAUUAGUAUGUUACAUCAUCAUUCUGAGAUUUUUCUUCUAUUCCAAAAUGUUGCUGUUGAAAUGUUGAAGGUGGCUUGUAAAUUCUGGAUUUCGCUGCCAGACAUGAUCAUCUUGUCUACCCUCUGCUGGGCUAAAAAGAGAAGUGUAGGCAGGCCCCCCAAAUAUUAUUCUUUGGGGGUGGGUGCAGUGUAUCAUUUUAGUUUUAGAAGGGGAAAAGGGUGUAGAACAUAUCAGGUCAUUUCUAUGUUCCUGGUUUCUGAUUUUGUAAUUUUUGCAUAUAGAAGUGAGAGUCAACAAAAGCAAAAAAGAUCAUUUCAAAAUAAUCUCCAAUAAAAAGCCAAAUAUUGGAGUCAUGUUACUGACUAAACGCUCUGCCAUGACGUGUUUUGUCUCUUGACUGAAAUUGGUUUCAAAACAUUUUUUGGGUUGUGUUCAGCACUCUGUAUAGACAUUAAAUUUUUCUUGGUUGGAACUUUGA